GAGGAAAGGAGCAUUAUUAGUCUAGGGUUUUGCAGUAACUUCAAAGUAAGACCUUCUCCUGCUUCAAUCGAGGUCCGUCUCCAUCGCAGCCGGCUUCUCAACUUCACCUGAGCGACGCUUGAGCACGCCACUUCACAUCGUCUUCUUCAGCGGCAAGCAGCCAGGUUAUCAUGGCCGCCGCUAAUAACGUUCCAACAGGUGUGGACAAGGAACAGAUUUUUGGCAUGGCAGAGAAGGAGAUGGAAUACCGGGUGGAACUUUUUAACAAGCUUACUAACACAUGUUUUAACAAGUGCGUCGAGAAAAAGUAUAAGGAAUCAGAGCUAAAUAUGGGUGAAAAUAGUUGCAUUGAUCGAUGUGUUUCAAAGUAUUGGCAGGUGAAUAGUCUAAUUGGCCAGUUGCUUGGGUCUGGUCGUCCGCCAAUGUAGAAUUGCGGUGCAGCUGAUCGGUGUCAUCCUAGAGUAGAUGCCCAGUUGGUUUUUUGAGGAAAGCCGGGAACUUAUAUUGAAUACUGAUAGUCCAUUUUCUUGUAUGUCUUUUGAGUUUACGAGGUCCUCUUGCUUAUUGUUUUGGUUGCACUUUGGGGCCGUGGCGGUCCUGAAUGCUCGCGGUCCACAGUUCUUGGGAAGACUUGUAUUCUUAAUAAAUAGCAGCGUUAGUUUCGGUUGAAUUGAAUUCUGAGAUGUGGUUCUUACUGAAGAGUAAAGCACGAUCAGACACCCGGCUGUUGAAUAUCUGAAGAAGUCUUGAUUGUUAUUCACAGGUGUUUGAUGAAAUUAUAUGAGGGUGUCAGACCUGUGUCGUGCCAUUGCAGAAGUUAUAGAUGGUCUCUACAUUAUGCGAAUCAAUAUAAUUUCAAUCAUUAAUUGUG